ACCGUAAGUUCAGAGGAAAAAUAAAAAGACGCACUCAAUUUUUUUCUGAGCAAGAAAAAUCAAAAUGGCGAACUCUCUGCAACGAUUAUGGAGCCAUGGUCGAGCCCUGGGCACAAAAACGGGUCAAUUGUCGCGACCGUUUUCAGCAACAACAGACGCAUUGGUAGAAGCGGAGAUGAAGCCCAGCGAGAUCGGCACGGUCUCCGGAAUUCCAGAGGAGCAUCUCCGCCGUAAGGUGGUAAUUUAUUCACCUGCUAGAACUGCAACUCAACAAGGAUCUGGUAAAAUCGGAAGAUGGAAAAUUAAUUUCAUGUCAACCCAAAAGUGGGAAAAUCCAUUGAUGGGUUGGACAUCCACAGGGGACCCAUAUGCCAAUGUUGGUGAUGCUGGAUUCAAUUUUGACAGUGAAGAGGCUGCAAAGGAAUUUGCUGAACGACAUGGUUGGGAAUACACGGUUAAAAAGCGCCACACACCUCUGCUGAAGGUAAAAGCAUAUGCAGACAAUUUCAAGUUCAAGGGUCUUCCUAAAACUGAAGCCAACUGAUUGCAUUUCUUGUCCGUUAUGUUUCUCUGCUCCGUAAGACAGAAGUUGCACAACAUUGCUCGCAAUUCUAUUAAUGUAGGAUGUAGCAGCGAUGGACGUUCUGUGAUAAUACUUGUUCCAGGCAAACCUUUUUCAUAAUAAAGAUUGAUGGGUUCACUCUUGUAAUUUUUUUCUUUGUUUCCAUCUAUGAAAAGCUGCAAAAGAAACGCAUUUUACA